ACCCUCAGUCCACACUCGUAGCUCACGGCGUGCAUAUGUGUGUGCGAGCGAUGUAGAGCUUCGCCCCGUGGGUAGUCUCCGUGUACUUCGAGGCCUCUCUCUUUCUUGCGUACGCGGCACGACGAGGGGAGAGAGAAAAAGCUCGGCGUGGAUCGUCGUCACCUGUUGCUGUGUUUCUGCUGAUGCUGCUGCUGCCACUGAUGUGGGUCUCUAUAUCGAGUGCUGCUGCUGCUACGUGCGAUAAUUAAGCGCCGCGAGAAAUGAGCUAAAUCUUAUUAACCGCCCCGUGGAUGUGCCUCGAAGAACAGAUUUUCGGUGUUUCAACGAGAGAGGACAGCGAGAGCUUUUUUCAUGCAGAGAAUUACAUUACCAAAAACAAAACCAGAGCUCGGUUACUCGAUUAGCUUUUAAUGACAGAACUUAAUGACAUUACUUUAUCGACAUCGUGCCAAUAAACGAACGAUGCUGGCGUCCCUCAAAGCCAUGUUCGUCAGUCUGGUGUUCGUCGUGCCGUUGCCGCCUCAUAAUCACGCGACGACGACGACGACGACGACAUCUCCGAUCGACGGCAACAACAAUCCGACGAUCGAUCUGAACGCUUUGAAAUUUCGCGCGAUGCACCACCACGACGACGACUGUCACGCUCGAACUCCAUUGCUGCUGGUGAUGAUACACUCGGCGCCGGCCAACAGCGACAAGCGUAACGUCAUAAGAAAGACCUGGGGUCAGAGGAGGUCCGAGGUCGCCGUGUACUUCGUACUGGGCCGCUCGGACGAGUACGCCUCGAGACUGGACCGGGAGAAUCAGCGGCACGGAGAUCUGAUACAGGGCAGCUUCGAGGACACCUACAGAAAUCUCACGUACAAGCACGUCAGCACGCUCAAGUGGAUUACGCAACACUGCUCGAGUGCCAAAUACAUUCUCAAGACCGACGACGACGUCUUCGUGCACACCCAGGCACUGCUCGACUUUCUGCGCGAUCCGGACCUGAUCGACGGCCAAGACGAGCCCGUCAUCCUCUGCUCUCAGCCGAGCUCGCUCAGGGUGCUCAGGAGUUGGCGCUCCAAGUGGCACACGACCCCGCGCGAAUACAAGGACAAGUACUAUCCGCCCUACUGUCUGGGCUGGAGCGUCCUCUACUCGGCGGAGGCGGCGCGUCGGCUGUACGAGGCCGCCGAAGGCGAGGCGUUCUUCUGGAUCGACGACGUCUUCGUCACGGGAAUACUGGCCAAGAAGAUCGGGGUGAGGCCCCAGCGGAUGGCGGGCUUGGUGAGCAGCAAGCGAGACCUGAGUCGGAUCAUCGACGACUCGAGGGCCGUCAAGAAGCACAUACUGUUUCCGCCCGACCUGUCGAUCGACACGAUAAAGACACUGCACUGCAUCGUCACCUCGGUAGACGAUGACUGACGUUGAUCCAUUGUUAUUUAAUUGUAUUAUAGCUACGUAAUGGAAAAAAUAAUUGUAAUUAUAAAUAAAAUCGAUAUUUUUGC